AUGUCCAAGACACACUUGUUUCUACACGAUCAGCUCGACAGCAGCCAGUACGAGUACCCAGACUUUGCAUCGCAGCCUGCUUUGGAAGCGGCGUCGGCACUCAGUAACAACGAUGAGACAAGGCUGCGAGCCGCAUUCUCUGUUGGCAAGUACAACCCUCACCCUUAA